AUGCUUCAUAUCAUCUUCCAGUUUUUGGGACAAUAUGCCGGGGAUGACAGGCCAUCCGAAGCUUCGAGAGUCAGCACAUCUCCCAAAUUCUCAUUCUUCGAUCCUAAAACUGGAGCGAGAAGAGAAUGGCUUGUCAGUCGAAUAUCUUUAUUUGCGAAACGCCGGUCCAACGAUACCUACUACUCUCUUUUGUUUCUUGACCCAGUAGAUACCGUACUCUCGGUGGCACUCAAGACACUCCUUCUCGGAGACGAAAAUAGCCUGCCCCUUCCGAAAUCUGAUCAUAUUGUCGGUGUUAUAUCAAGUGUCAUGUACAUGAUGGCGUUGAUAUUUUCGCAGUUUUUACAAGACGCGGAGCGGAACUUAAAAUCAGUAACAAGACCGAACCUGGAAAAGGCACCAUUGCUUCAAGACCUAGUGGAAACCACCCGCGAGCUUCACGAACUCCUCGACCUCUGGCGUGAAGCCCACUGCCGGGUUCUUGCAGUGCAAAAAUUGGCUAGGGAUAUCAUGAACCACCCAUUCAUCAUAGCUGGAGGAUUACAGGGAAUUAUAGCAACUAGUCUCAGGAAACCGAGAGGAAUGUUUGAGGAUCAUAUCGAUACGAUAGGAGGCCUGAUCGAGAAGACGAAAUCCCAUAUCAGCCUGAUUUUCAAUAUAGCCACGUUAUACGACUCUCGAGCUGCAUUGGAAGAAAGCAGGUCCGCUAAUAACUUUGCUUCUAGCUCUAGCGAUGUCACCUCUCUUACGUUUAUAUACCUACCUAUUUCGAUAGCAGCAGCAAUUUUCGGAAUGAACGUCGAUUUGAUAACUGGUGAUAGAACCCAGCCGACUAUUCUGGCGUUCAUAGGCCUUGCAGCUGUGCUAUUAGUGAUUUCCACGAGUAUACUAGUGAUUUGGUCAAAUAAAAUUCGUAUUAAACAAUGGUUUGGAAGCUGGAGGACGCAAGGAGGCUUAGCGGAAAACGGCUCGCGAGGUUCUGUAUAG